GUCGUGUUGAAUUGAAUAUUAUCAUCAUCGUCACCGCGUUAAGCAAAGCAAAACCCUAAAUUCAAAACUCUCAUCGUAUCGUAUUCUUCAUCUCUUUCUCUCACAAACACACACGAUUCAAUUUCAAUUUCAAUUUUCAAAGGAGUUACAAACUUAUUAAAUCGUUUAGAACGAUGAAGAGAGUUUUCGGUGUCAAAGCGAAAAAGGAACCCCCUCCUUCCAUUGAAGAUGCCAACGAAAGGAUUACUAAACGAGGUGAUACGGUGGAUGAAAAGAUUAAGAAGCUUGAUGUUGAACUUAAUAGAUACAAAGACCAGAUUAAGAAAACAAGACCUGGUCCUAUGCAGGAUGGUAUUAAAGCUAGAGCCAUGCGGGUUCUUAAACAGAAGCGAAUGUAUGAAGGUCAACGUGAUAUGUUGUACAAUCAAACAUUCAAUCUUGAUCAAGUUCAAUUUGCUGCUGAGGGAAUUAAAGAUGCUCAACAGACUAUGUCAGCUUUGAAGUCUGCCAACAAGGAUUUGAAGGGAAUGAUGAAAACUGUGAAGAUCCAAGACAUUGAUAACUUGCAAGAUGAGAUGAUGGACCUGAUGGAUGUAAGUAAUGAAAUCCAAGAGACUUUGGGUAGAAGCUAUAGUGUUCCUGAUGACAUUGACGAGGAGGAUCUUAUGGGUGAACUUGAUGCGCUGGAAGCAGACAUGGAAAAUGAAUCUGAAGGAGUCCCCUCCUACCUCCAACCUGAUAAAGAAUCUGAUUUUGACUCGGAGCUUAACUUGCCUUCAGCUCCUACAGGACAAACAGCAGUGCCACAUGGCAGAGCCAACGCCCAAACUGAAGAUGAACUGGGUUUACCUGCUGUCCCUCGGGCAUCCCUACGUGGUUAAAGAAUGCUUUUUAUUUCAUCAGCGUAGCUGGUGCAUACACAAGCAAGACCUUGUAAAGUUGUGCAGAACUUGACAACAUUGAUUGAUUAAUACUGUGGUUUAAUUGGCAAACAUUUAAGAACUUGGUAGUUAUGAUCAGAGUAAACUAUGUGUAAACCUUGUUCAUACCAAUUUUAUUUUGUCUGAAUCCUGAUAUAAAUUUUCACAUUUAAUAAUUUAUUAAGUAUUAUCUAAACCCUGAGUGUGAUGAGUCGUCAGGAAAUUUCAACAGAAGUACGGGUGAUUUUGAUUCUGUA